GCUGUUUCUCGUAACCAUUCUCUUUCUGUGGACGAAACUCAACGUUUAAGAGACCAGAGAUAUCGAGACUGAGAGAGCAUUAGCCUUAGAGAGAGAGAGUCAUAGAGAGUUUGCUCAAGACAAAGAAAUGGCAUUGAAGCUAAACCCUUUGGUAUCUCAUCAGCCUUACAAACUCCCAUCCUCCUCGGCUCGUCCGCCAGUUUCUUCAUUCAGAUCUCCAAAGUUCCUCUGCCUCGCUUCUUCUUCUUCUCCCGCCCUCAGCUCUGGCGCCAAGGAGGUCGAGAGUUUGAAGAAGCCAUUUACGCCACCUAAGGAAGUGCACGUUCAAGUCUUGCACUCCUUGCCACCCCAAAAGAUCGAGAUAUUCAAAUCUAUGGAAGAUUGGGCCGAGCAGAACCUUCUAAUUCAUCUCAAGGAUGUUGAGAAGUCGUGGCAACCCCAAGAUUUCUUACCCGACCCUGCAUCUGACGGGUUUGAAGAACAGGUGAGGGAGUUAAGAGAGAGGGCAAGAGAGCUUCCUGAUGAUUACUUUGUUGUUUUGGUGGGAGACAUGAUCACAGAAGAAGCGCUUCCGACCUAUCAAACUAUGUUGAACACUUUGGAUGGAGUUAGGGAUGAAACUGGUGCUAGCCCCACUUCAUGGGCCGUUUGGACAAGAGCUUGGACUGCAGAAGAGAACCGACAUGGUGAUCUUCUGAAUAAGUAUCUUUACUUGUCUGGUCGUGUUGACAUGAGGCAGAUUGAGAAGACCAUUCAGUACUUGAUUGGAUCAGGAAUGGAUCCACGCACAGAGAACAAUCCUUACCUUGGCUUCAUCUAUACUUCAUUCCAAGAAAGAGCAACCUUCGUCUCUCACGGGAACACAGCUCGCCAAGCCAAAGAGCAUGGAGAUCUCAAACUAGCUCAAAUAUGUGGGACAAUAGCUGCAGACGAGAAGCGUCACGAAACAGCUUACACCAAGAUAGUUGAAAAGCUUCUUGAGAUUGAUCCUGAUGGUACUGUGGUGGCUUUUGCAGACAUGAUGAGAAAGAAAAUCUCAAUGCCUGCUCACUUGAUGUACGAUGGGCGUGAUGACAACCUCUUUGACAACUUCUCUUCCGUGGCUCAGAGGCUUGGUGUUUACACUGCCAAAGACUAUGCAGACAUUCUUGAGUUUUUGGUUGGUAGAUGGAAGAUUGAGAACUUAACCGGGCUGUCAGGUGAAGGAAACAAAGCACAAGACUAUUUAUGUGGGUUGACUCCAAGAAUCAGGAGAUUGGAUGAGAGAGCUCAAGCAAGGGCCAAGAAAGGACCCAAGAUUCCAUUCAGCUGGAUACAUGACAGAGAAGUGCAGCUCUAAGAGACAAAGACAUUAUAAACCCAUUUUAUCUCUCUCCGUUCCUGCUCUUGAAAUUGGUGUAGAUUACUAUGGUUUCUGAUAAUGUUCGUGGGGUCUAGUUACAAAGUUGAGAAGCACUAUAUGUUUUGUGUUUGGUCCUUUUAGCAAACUUGUAGUAGUUCAAACAGUUUGAAUGUCUGGUCUGUACUCAGUUUUCACUGUGGAGUUUUGUUUCAGUUCAGGUUAGUUUUUGGUGUGAACUUAUAUGCUACUUCUCUGUUUCUAGGCAAGAACUCAUGUGGCUUUUCAUGCGUGAAAUCUAUUCAUAUUCUAAAUC